AUGCUUCGCCACGGAAUCCGUAGGUUUACAACAAGCUCGAUAAGAGCGGCAGUUGCAGCGGCCGCCGAGCCGACACAGCAUACCAUCAAUGUGUCGAGGGCGCAAGGCGUAGCAAAGGGCCUGACAGGAGCCAUUGGCAACACCCCCCUGAUCAGGUUAAACAAGUUGUCCGAGGAGACGGGCUGUGAGAUCCUGGGCAAGGCCGAGUUCAUGAACCCUGGAGGUUCGGUCAAGGACCGGGCGGCUCUGUACGUGGUCAAGGACGCUGAGGAGCGCGGGCUGCUGCGGCCCGGCGGCACGGUCGUCGAGGGCACGGCCGGCAACACGGGCAUCGGGUUGGCGCACGUCUGCCGCUCCAAGGGCUACAAGCUCGUCAUCUACAUGCCCAACACGCAGUCGCAGGGCAAGAUCGACCUCCUCCGCCUGCUGGGCGCCGAAGUCUACCCGGUCCCCGCCGUGGCCUUUGACAACCCGCAAAACUACAACCACCAGGCCCGCCGGCACGCCGAGCGCCUCGACAACGCCGUCUGGACCAACCAGUUCGACAACACGGCCAACCGCCGCGCCCACAUCGAGACCACGGGCCCCGAGAUCUGGGCCCAGACCGACGGCAAGGUCGACGCCUUCACCUGCGCCACGGGGACGGCCGGCACGCUGGCCGGCGUCACGAGGUUCCUCAAGGACGCCAGCGGCGGCCGCGUCAAGUCGUUCCUGGCCGACCCGCCGGGCUCGGUGCUGCACAGCUACAUUGUGAGCGGCGGCAAGCUCAUCGAGCGGACCGGGUCCAGCAUCACCGAGGGCAUCGGCCAGGGCCGCAUCACCGACAACCUGCAGCCCGACCUGGCGCUGCUCGACGGCGCCCUGCACAUCAGCGACGAGAAGAGCAUUGAGAUGGUCUACCGCUGCCUAGACGAGGAGGGCCUGUACCUCGGCGCCUCGUCGUCGCUCAACGUCGUCGCCGCCAAGGAGGUCGCCGAGAAGCUGGGCAAGGGCCACACCGUCGUCACCAUGCUGUGCGACGGAGCCUACAGGUAUGCCGACCGCCUGUUUUCGAGAAAGUGGCUUGAGGACAAGAAGCUCCUCUCGGCGAUACCCAAGCACUUGGAAAAGUACAUUGUUUUGCCUUAA